AUGCGUCAACAAUUGUCUUAUACAUAUUUAAUUUUUCUUGUUUUUCUUUCUUUCUUCGGUUCAUCAAAUUCUAUUAUUGUUCCAUUAACUGGUCAUGGUUGGACGAUAAAUAAUAAUGAAUCCUAUUUUGUGCAAGGUCAAAUACCUGGUACUAUUCAUACUAUUCUUCUUGCUGCAAAUCAAAUUACGGAACCUUAUUGGGGUUAUAAUGAUGUUAAUCUACGCUAUUUAAUUUACACUUCAUGGACAUUUCGAAAGAAUUUUUCAUUGACAGAUGAUUUUCUUACAUUGACACAAUUUACAUUUCAUUUUGACCAAAUCGAUACAGUUACUAAUAUAAAAUUGAAUGAAUGUUUUAUUGGUCAAACAAAUAGUAUGUUUAUUGACUACACAUUUAAUGUGAUAAGAACUUGUUUGCAAUUUAAUAAUGAACUUCGAAUUGAUUUUGAUUCACCAGUGAUGUAUGCAUUAAAUCAAAGUCGAACAUAUAAUGAUAGUGUUCCACCAGAUUGUCCACCUGAUAUGCAAUAUGGUGAAUGUCAUGUUCAAUUUAUACGAAAAGAACCAUGUUCAUUCAGUUGGGAUUGGAUGAGAAUAUAA